AUGAAUAGGCCCCGGCGGCAGGGUAUUAUCAAGAAGGUCAUGCAGCAGGAUGUGCUAUAUCUUCUCAUUGUCAAUUUGCCAACUGUGGAGGAAGUGCAGGACUCAGUUACGCGCUUGGAGAGUCUUGUGGAACAACAGCAGACGGGGCAGCUGGUCCUUCUCACUAGUCAUCAAAUCCAUGUGUGA